AUGGAAGAUUCUCAGACUGAGGAUUCUUUCCAACGUGAACUUGAAGAUUAUAUUAGACAGCAGAGAGCCAGAGGAUUACAGCCAAAGAUUUGCUUUAGAAAAGAAACUGGAGUCUCUAUACCCCAAGAAGGGUACGUCAGUUUCCGAUCUCCAGUGCUAGAGCAACAACUCUCCCUUAGCAGAAACUUCCCCAGCUUCCCCACUUCCUAUGAGAGGCUGAGCGCAGAGGAAAGGCAAGUACCUCUCUGGUCUAAAAUCCAUCACUCCAGACAAAGGCUGGAAUCCCCCAGCAACUGUCAGAACAAUAACCACUAUUUUUCCAAAAGUCCUUGGCUUCCAAGUCAUAGCCUCUCCUGGGAGGACAGCAGUAUGGUCCACCCAGCAGGCCAUCAAGACAGAUGCCAAAGGAGGCAGUGGGAGGAGGAAAGAGAUGCUGCCACAGAGGAUCCAGUGAAGGGCAAGAGGAAGUACCGUGCAGAGCUAGGUUCCCUCAAAGAACACCAGGGCCUGGACAGGAAGAGAACCAAGACAGAGUCAGAGAGAAUACAGAAUUCCUCAGGCAGAAUGAAGAACCACCUGUAUGGAGCAGAUGCUCCCAAAGUGGAAAGCCAACCCCACAGGAAGAAAAAGGGACUUAGCAAAGAAAGUCCGGAGGAGAGGGACUUGUGGGAUGAGGCCAUCUUGGGCAGUUGUUAUUGA